CUUUAGGGUUUGGCACCAACAUCCCGCCCAGAGGAGUACGGCUGCUGCCCAAAUCCUUCCAGGCAGCUAAUCAAAGGCACUUGCAGCACGGAGAAGAGCUUCAAGUCCGUUUUGGCCAGCCCUGGCAUUUUCAAACCAAGGUGUCUGGCUGUCUAUCUCUUCUUCUGUUUGUCUGUUUGCCUGCCUGGCUGCUGGAGCCUUCUCCUGUGCUAUCCCUACCUUGCAGAAGGACAGACCUGCUCCUCACAACUUGGGAUAUCUCAUCAUGCACACACAGGGUCUCAGCAAAUUCUUACUGCUGGCUUCAUCCCUUUUCUUCACUGUAUCAUCAGCUGUUCCCCAAGGUUUCUCACCAUCCCUGAGGAGAGGGCCAGGUGCCACCUGUAGGUUGUCCCGGGCGGAGGCAGAACGGAGGUGCCGAGCACCGGGACAGCCACCCGGGAGCCAGCUGUGCAAUGGCCGAGGCCGUUGUGAUUGCGGAGUCUGCAUUUGUCACGUAACCGAGCCCGGCAUGUAUCUGGGGCCUCUCUGCGAGUGCCAUGAGUGGGUGUGUGAGACCUACGAUGGGGAGACCUGUGCAGGCCAUGGAAAGUGUGACUGUGGCAAGUGUAAGUGUGAUGAAGGAUGGUAUGGUGAAGCUUGCCAAUAUCCAACUAAUUGCAACCUUACAAAGAAAAAAAGUAAUCAGAUGUGUAAGAAUUCUCAAGAUACCAUCUGUUCGAAUGCAGGUACAUGUCACUGUGGCAGAUGUAAGUGUGAUAAUUCAGAAGGAAAUGGACUAGUUUAUGGUAAAUUUUGUGAGUGUGAUGACCGAGAAUGCAUAGAUGAUGAAACAGAAGAAAUUUGUGGAGGCCAUGGAAAGUGUUACUGUGGAAACUGUUACUGUGAGGCUGGUUGGCAUGGAGAUAAAUGUGAAUUCCAGUGUGACAUCACCCCCUGGGAGAGCAAGAGAAGAUGUACAUCUCCAGAUGGCAAAAUCUGCAGUAACAGAGGAACAUGUGUGUGUGGUGAAUGCUCUUGCCAUGAUGUGGACCCAACAGGAGACUGGGGAGACAUUCAUGGGGACACCUGUGAAUGUGAUGAAAGAAAUUGUAGAUCAGUCUAUGAUAGAUAUUCUGAUGACUUCUGUUCAGGUCAUGGGCAGUGUAACUGUGGAAGAUGUGACUGUAAAAUAGGCUGGUCUGGGAAAAAGUGUGAGCAUCCCCUUUCCUGCUCAUUAUCUGCUGAGGAUAGCAUCAAGAAGUGCCAAGGAAGUUCCAAUUUGCCCUGCUCUGGAAGAGGCAAAUGUGAAUGUGGCCAGUGUACCUGCUACCCUCCAGGAGAUAGCAGAGUUUAUGGCAAGACCUGUGAAUGUGAUGAUCGGAAGUGUGAAGACUUGGAUGGGACAGUCUGUGGAGGCCAUGGUAAAUGCUCCUGUGGUCACUGCAUUUGUGAGAGAGGAUGGUUUGGAAAACUCUGCCAAUACUCAAGAAAAUGUAACAUGACUGAAGAAGAAAGCAAGAGUUUGUGUGAAUCAGCAGAUGGCAUAUUGUGCUCAGGGAAGGGCUCUUGUCACUGUGGAAAGUGCAUCUGUUCUUCUCAGGAAUGGUACGUUUCAGGGGAAUUCUGUGAAUGCGACGACAGAGACUGCGACAAGCAUGAUGGACUCAUUUGCACAGGCAAUGGAAUAUGUAGCUGUGGAAACUGUGAAUGCUGGGAUGGAUGGAAUGGAAAUGCUUGUGAAAUCUGGCUUGGGGCAGAAUAUCCUUAACAAUUACAUGACAAAGGACUAAGUUCUUAUUUUUUUUAGGCCAUUAGAACACAUAAAUGCACAGCAAACAGCAUAUAAUCACCACUAGGGCUACUCAAGCAGACUAUUGUAUGUUUUUUCUAUUCCUGAAUGCCUGAGUAAAAUCUGGGUACCCAUUAAAAAUGAGUCUAAGCAGUUUGUGAUGGAAAUAGCACAAGAAAGGGCUUUCUUACGUAAUUUGCAUGGUUGUCAGCUCUGCACAUCAUUACACAAUGAAAAUCACAUUAAGGCAGAGACCUCACAUAUGAAACUGCAAAGCUAUUGAUCAGACACAGACUAUAUCAUGUCCCAGUCUGAACUUCUAGAUGUGGAUGAUAGAAAAGUCACUGCCAUAGUACAUAUAGUCUGUGGCAAAGCCUCACAGUGACAACAGAAUGCAAUCAAUCCCUUUCAAAUUUGGUCACUUUCAGCAUUAAAGAACCUUUAAGCUUGUUGUUUAAUUUUCACAUUGCAGAACUCAAAAUUCAUGUAAAGAAACCCUUAAGAUGCAGAGAGUAAUUAAGAAAAAUGUACAAUUUUCAAAUUUUAAUAAAUAAUGUCAUGAUGUGAUUGUA